UUUGAGGGUCGUUCUGCAAUUGUCACUUUUAUUUUGUUUUAAAAUGACAUUGGUCACAAGCGCUUUCUCUCUCUAGAAUCGAUGGCGUCUCAUCACCACCUCGACUGUGACUGCCGCCGUCUUCACCACCGUGAGAGCAAUCCUCACAUACCCGCUUACUAUACCACGUCAUCACCAUGUUUCUGUGCAGAUUCUACUCCUUGCUGUACACAAUGCUCGCCGCCUGAUCUAGAUCAUCUUCUUCGUCUCAUCGCUUCCUAUCUCCAAAACCAACAACCUUGCUGCGAAACUGCGUCUACGAGAUUCAACGCCGUUAAACGACAACGUUUCGUUAACCAACAGAACACUCAACGAGAAUACGAGAAUAUUCUCCGGAAGAUCAACGAUCUCGAUUUGUCGCUCAACCGAUUCUCCGCUCGUCGCGAAUCUUACUCUACACUGAAGGACUCGGCGGCGCGUGUGAUUCAGACCCAUUUCCGGUCUUACCUGGUUCGCAGAUCCGUUUCACUCAGGCAACUCAAGGAGCUCACAAGGAUCGAAUCAAGCUUCGCAUCUCUCAGAUCUUCGGUUUCUGGUAAAACCCAUUUCCCUCUCGAAGCUGUCUCUCGAGAAGCUACUCAUUUGCUUCUGCGAUUAGAUUUUAUUAAGGGUAGUGCUGAUUCUAUGAUACGCGAUGGGAAACGAACAUUGUGUAGAGAUUUGGUGAGGUUCUUGCAUUACGUUGGUGAUUGUGCUGUGAGAAGACGUAAUGUUGUAUCUAAAUAUGCGAAAGAUGUGACCUUUGGGGCUAAACGUCAAGAUAGAUCCACUGAGAAGUUAAAGAAACAUAUAAGAAGGAUCUAUGUGAGUGACGAGGAGAACAUUGCUGAGCUUGAAGAGUUUCGAUUCGUAAGCGACGAGAUCCCAAUUGUUUCUGUUGGAAAAAGCAGAAAGCUUGGUGUUGAAUCGGGUAGGGGCAACAAAGUUAAGACGCCGGUGGUUUACGAGCUGGCUUCGAGUGCAGAGGAUGAUGAUGGAGUGGAAAUCUUGAUGAUGUCUGGUGAUAAUGGAGUUGGUAUUAGUUCGAGAAGUAGAAGAGGAGUUGUCAAAAAUGUGAGCUUCAAUGAGAAUGGGAAUGUCUAUAAGGUUUAUGGAGAUACGCCAGAGGCAAGUGGGGGAGAUGAUGGUUCUACAAGUGGAUCAAACAAUGAAAGUGGUGGAGAUGGUUACACUGAGGUAGAGAAUAUCAAAUAUAUGCCCAAGGAGCAUGAUCGUUUCGAAGAAGAAGGUGAAGAAAGUCUCUCUGAGAAUGAAGAAGAGUCCUCUUCACAGGGAAGCAAAGGGGAGGUACAAGUUUCAGGAAAUGUCAGUCAUAAAUUCCAUCUUGGAAAAGGAAGUUUGAUGAUCUCUCCUCCGUUGCCACUAAAAAUGGAACCUUGAGACGAUGGUGGUAUCUUCUAAGUACUUGGAGGGUUUCUCUGCGACAUUUGUGAGGGUUUUCUUCUCGGUUUGUUCGUUUCGUUUUCUGUUUAUACCGUUGUAGUCUUGGUUGUUUUUCUUUUGAGAGAGGCUCUAAUUCUUUUGCGUGUCAGUUUCCUUAAGAUCAGCUUCCUUAGAUAGAUCAGUUUCUAGACUAUAAUCUUGUACGUGCUUUUGUAGCUCAUCCACAAGAAUCUUCUGUUGUUUAUGGUGCUUCGGGUUCUGGCUUUACUCGUCUCUUUGUAUAUAUAAAAGAACUCAUCACCUCCGA